AACGAGGCGCGGAUCGGCUCCCUCAUGACGUCAUCGGCGCGCGCCGCUGGGCUUCAGUCUGCUGGCCUGCGGAAUGGGCAGAUUUCACCAGCCCAUGUCUAACCACUGAUUUAUCGCACGAACUCCACCGAGAGCCUGCGUUUGAGCACGUCGUCUACACGAUGCCAUGCGGAGGUAAGGUGAUGGAAGAGGCCAGCGAGAGGGUUUCAGAGCUCAUUCCAGCGGUGCUAUUUCUACGGUUGCCAGGCUUCGUCCCACCCUCUGUUCAGUAACAGCACCCAUUCUUAUCCCGAAUCACCAUGAAACCAGUCCAUGAGCGCAACCAGGAGUGCCUCCCUCCCAAGAAGCGGGACCUCCCUGUUAACAACAACAACACCUCUACCAUCAACAAUAACAGCAGUAGCAUCAGCGGCGGAGUGGGAGGCAGCGGUAGCAUUGGGAGUGCAGGAGGAGAGGAUGCCCCAUCUUCACAAAGCUCUGGAGUGAGUGGAGAAAGUAGUGGCGAAUGGGUGCGGGCCCAGCCGAGCAUGCAUUAUGGGGUGGAUGGUGGCGAGGGUCUCGUUGGGCUUCCUGUGGAUCAGUAUAGCAUGCUUUAUAAAGUAGCUCUGCCCGCUGGCACAUACUCGCCAACCAGUCUGCACCCCGUUCUUAGCCAUAUUUCUCCUGCCUACACCGUUCCCUCCCUCCAGCACACGAGUGUUCCCUACUCUCCACUUGGCAUUGCCCAGAUCCCUCACUCCUCCUUGCAGUUUGUUAGCUCUCCGUACGCCGCUGCAGUUCCCUACGCCGUGCCUCCGGGAUUUGUUCCCAGCCAUUUGAUACCACCUCAGUCCGCUAUUUCCCAGCCACACUCCGUUUCCCACCUGGUUCCAUAUCCAUCAGUCAUUCAGGAAGGAGUUGGCUCUUCCCAGCAGCAGGUCUCGACCCAUGCAUACACCAAAAUGGGAGUUCCUUUGGUGCUCCCUUCUAAUCAAACAGCAACACAAGCGCAGCUUGGGACUGUAGGGAUGCUGCCUGCCGGGGAGCUCAGCCCGAGAGCUGUGUACUAUCACCCCACCAUUAGAGGUGUCCAACUUCAAAGAGACCUGCACAGCAGCUCCAAGGAGCAGGAGAGGGAGGUGAAUGGAGGGGAUAGAGAACACGGAGGCAGGGAGAGCCAUCAAGAUGCAGUUUAUUCAGCCAGAAGUGCACAACUGCUGCAGGCAUCUGCACCCGAGCCACAGCAAGACAAGAGCUUGAAAAGCCGCAGGCCGGAGGGCAGAAUGUCGCCAGGACAGAGGAGCACACCGGACACUGAUCUUGAGGUCCAGCAGGUAGUUGGACGACUUGCCUCUCCUGUCCACUGCAUGAGUCGUAAGGAAGCAACACAUGUCCCUUUGAACCUGUCUCAAACCUCUCAAAGGAGGGGUCGAGAGAUUCGGGGUGAAGUCAGAACACUUUAUUCAUCAAAUCCUGCUGAAUCUAGAGCACAAACGCAGCAGUACGUUCAACAAGGACAUGCCGUUAUCUUGGCCAAUGGGCAGCCUGUUCUCGUGCCCCUGGACUACCAUCACCAACAACAACAACAACCGCAGCAGCAGCAUUUCCAAUCCAACGACGUGGCUCCUGCUACAUAUCCAAAAGCCGUGGAUGCAGCAGCGUGUACCCCAGAGCGGUCAGUGGUGAACCUGCCUCCCCAACAGGGGCAGCAGCCCUCACAGCAGCUUCCUGGUACUUUCCCACAGACUCCUACGCUAGCACCCUCCGGCCCAUCACACUUCAUGAAGGGUGCCAUCAUACAGUUGGCUACCGGAGAGCUCAAGCGUGUAGAAGAUCUGCAGACUCAGGACUUUGUGCGGAGUGCAGAAGUAAGUGGGGGGUUGAAGAUCGACUCAAGCAUGGUGGUGGACAUCCGUGCUAGUCAACAGCGGCAUGGUCUAGUGGCGCUGCAUUUUAAUGUAGGGGAGCAGCAGAGCAAAGUGACUAUAGAUGUUCCCCCUGAACACCCCUUUUUCGUUUUCGGACAGGGCUGGUCAUCCUGUAGCCCUGAGCGGACUGCCCAACUGUACGGUCUCACCUGCCACCACCUGCAAGUGGGCGACGUUUGCGUGUCCGUGACACUGCAGCAGCAAGCUGCGUCGCAGCAAAAACCUCCACAGCAAGUGCAGGCCCGGACUCCCACCAAAGUCAACUCCACGUCAGGAGCCCCACCUCAACCCAUGGGCCCCCCUGCCCCCCAACACACCCCUCGGCCACAAAGCCAAUUAAAAAUUGAGCGCAUCCACAGAGAGAAGGACCGGGACAAGGAGGAGCCCAUGCAGGUCGGGGGUUUGCGACACACUGAAGUACCCUCAAGACCAAACAGGACUUCAGCAGAUCACACUCGGAGCCAGAGCAACUACUGUUUGCACACUGAGGGUCAAGCUCCACCGGGAGCCGCAGUGGGAUCUUCUUCUGUAGUAGCAUCCCAGAGACGCUGGUCUGCCCCUGGCUUCCAAAGAUACAGCAUCAAGAACGAGGAGGGAGGGAGUUUAGCAUCAGCUGCCACCUCUGGCUCCUCUCGGCUGUCAUUUAUCCCUCAAGAGAUCAAGCUAUCCAUUGAGGGGCGCUCGAACGCCGGGAAGUAGCAGACGAAAUAGAUUGUCCAUGGGAGCAAAGUGUCAGUAGGGCGAACAGAUAUGAAAGAGGGAGUGUGGUCGGAGGGAGAGAGAAUGUAGUCUCAGAAUGUUUGAGAUUUUGCACAUAAUGGAAGAUUCCGUCUGCCUCCCCCUUCUUCAGUUCUGGUCACGAGCAGAGGACUUUUGUGUCAGGUCAUAGUCAGCAAUCCCAUUGAUCUGCAUGGGCAGCUUUAUCCGAGUAAAUCAUGUACCAAAGCCUGCGUCGUCUGUGUGUUCCUGUGGGUGAACUAUCAUGUUUGGCAGGGAUCACUUGUGUGAAGAUAUCUUGCAGUUCCUCGAGAAGAUGUUUAUUUCAGAAAGGCCAGGGAUAAGAAUGGGAUACAGCCAUAGAGUCUUGACAAGCCUUUACAAUAAUAAUAAAUAUAUAUUUUAAAGAAGGACAUAAGAGGAUAGAUUGUUCAACAACCCAAAAGACAGGCUCUUUCUCUCUAAAUGUUGACUGCUUCCAUUGUUGCGCCGCCAGGCAUUUAUUGGCUAAGACCUUAAAACUUGGACCGUUUUUAAUGCGUCUCUCUCUAGAGGUGUUUUUGUCCUCACUUUCCUACCCUCUCCUCCACUCCCAGACUCUUCUCAGGGUGCUUCUACUGAGGAGACUAUCCUAGUCUGGAGUUUGAGAAUGGUUGUCCAGUGUCGUCACAUCAAUCAAUUGAUCCAACAGUUUUUCUACAAUCAGGAACCUUUUCCAAAUGAAGUCUAGCACUCAUCUUAACAGUUGCUUUAACAACUCCUAAGAGGUUGUUAGCGGUGUUUCUGAAUCUGCAUUCCAGUCGUGAUCUCUCCUCCUCGACCCAUUGGAGUUAUCAUUUCCCAGUAAGGCCGGCCUACGAAAACUGCCUCUAAAUAGUACCUCAUGGUUGGAAGCAUCAUAACUUUAUUUUUAUUUAAUUCUACAUUGUUGUGCCCUUUUCCUGGAGACAACAUGUCAGCCAAAAUCAGCCCUGCUUGCGAACCUGAGACCAAAUGCAGAACAGGUUCUAGCUGUUUGCGAACGGCCUGGUCCUGUGGAAACGGAUUAUUGCUCUGAAGCAUGCAGGUUUAAAUUAAGUCGUCCCGUGGAAGCGUUUAGCACACACAAGUGUCAAGUCACUGCUGUUGGGUGUGGACUGACCUGCUCCGUUAUCAAAAUCAAAGCAAUAGUUGUGUCAGAACACAUUUUUCUUGUUUUCUUGUUGUUGUUUUUUUUUAUCCCGUGUAAGACCGAUUACUCCUUGUAUUUAAGGUUUUCUAUGUGCAGAGACCUUUUUAUCCUUAUCCUGCACUUCUCUUGAUUUUCUAAGAUGAUGCAGUUUUACAUUGUGAUAAUCCGUAUUCUAACAGUUACUACAGGAGUUCAUUUGAAGUAUGCGACUACCCAUAAAACAACACCUCUUUCUUUUAGGUAGUUUUUCUUGCUGACCAGUAGUAUCUUCAGAGAUGACUAAUAUGAAAUCACACAUUGAAAUGGGGCUUUUCUAAAACACCCACUGAUAAGGAAGUUUAGGAUCUGCUUUGUUCUUUAUAGAAGGCUCUUAGCCCCUUACAUUGUGUCCUAACCUGGUAUGAAACGAUAAGACAAGCGAUAAAAGUCAUGCUUGAGUUGCUGUUUGUUGCAUCUGCAAAAAGCACUAAGCAACAGGACUCUUUGUCUUUCACUUUUGUCUGUUUUUAUUGUUAAGUAUAGUUUUGUGCUCGGUAGCUCUUCCAACUGUUAAAACCUUGUUGGUUCAAAUUCAAUCCAUAGGUUUUGACAGGCUGUGAUUUUAUCGCAGGCAUGUUUGGAUGGUCAAAUUCACUGGAAACUUGUCACGUCACACCUGGUUAGGACUGGUGAUGAACUGA